AGACCCUCCCUGCCCCUCGGUCCCGUCCCCUGCCCCACCACAGCCGGGGGAGGGGGGCAUCGCCCCCUCCCCGAGAAGUGAGUAUCGAGCGGCCUCCCCCGCCCUGCCCCGCAGACAGACCCGCCGCUGCGCCGGCGCCUCAGCCGUCCGCCCGGUCAGCGCGGCCUGGCCUCGCCGCCCCGGCCCCCGCUCCCAGCGUGCACCGCGGCGAGCGCUCGGGUGGGAGCCGGCGAGAUGCGUUUGGCGGGCGGCGCCCACUGACCUCCCUCGGCCGCCCGGCCGGGGCAGGGCCGAAGCCGGGAGCCAGCCCCGCCCGCCGCCCCGCCCAUGGGCCGCCAGCCCCCGCAGCCGCCCGCCCUGAGGACCGCGCCGAGGGGGGGAGCCGCCUGAAGGACCGCGACGGCCGCGCCCGCAGGUCACCUGGAUGUCAGCAUGGCGGCCACAAACCUGGAGAACCAGCUGCACAGCGCCCAGAAGAACCUCCUCUUCCUGCAGCGGGAGCACGCCAGCACCCUCAAGGGGCUGCACGCCGAGAUCAGGCGGCUGCAGCAGCACUGCACGGAUUUAACAUAUGAGCUGACCCUCAAAAGUUCGGACCAGACAGGAGAUGGAUCUUCUAGAAGCAGUGAGCUACAGAGAAGAUGCGAAGAGCUGGAAGCCCAGCUGAAGCUCAAGGAAGAUGAGAACAAGGAGCUGCUCCAGGAGCUGGAGCAGAAGAACGCCAUGAUCCUGGUGCUGGAGAACACCAUCAAGGAGCGGGAGAAGAAGUACCUGGAGGAGCUGAAGCUCAAGAGCCACAAGCUGAACAUGCUGUCUGGCGAGCUUGAGCAGCGCGCCGGCACCAUCGCCUACCUGACCUCGCAGCUGCACGCCGCCAAGAGGAAGCUUGUGAGCUCCAGUGGGACGUCGGACGGCAGCCCGUCCGGGAGCCCCGUGCUGGCCGGCUACAAGCCCGCCCCCCCCAAGGACAAGCUGCCUGAAACGCCCCGCCGCCGAAUGAAAAAGAGCCUUUCGGCCCCCCUGCACCCCGAAUUUGAAGAGGUCUACAGAUUCGGGGCUGAGAGCCGGAAACUACUCUUGCGGGAACCGGUGGACGCCAUGCCCGACCCCACCCCAUUCCUGCUGGCCAGGGAGUCGGCCGAGGUCCACCUCGUCAAGGAGCGGCCCCUGGUCAUCCCCCCCAUCGCCUCCGACCGCGGCUCCAGCGAGCGGCACAGCCCGGCACGCGAGAAGCAGCACAAAGCCCACGUGGGGGUGGCCCACCGUAUCCACCACGCCGCCCCGCCGCAGGCCCCGCCCGAGGUGGAGACACUGGCGGUGGACCAGGUGAACGGAGGCAAGGUCGUGAGGAAGCACUCAGGGACGGACAGAACUGUGUGAAGCCUGCCCCGGGCGCCCCUUCACCCCCGGCUGUCGACGCACUGUGAUCACUACUCGGAAAAACUCAGCCACGCCGUUCCCCCCACCCCACCCCCGGUCCCCAUGCAUGCCAAAUUUCUUUUCAGACACAUCAACAGAUUGAUGCUCCUGCUCCUUAUGCCCUCGUUCCGACGCCAGAGUACGAUCGUGUCCCUGCUGCAGAACACCUAUCUACCAACUGCUGUGGCCACGCCUGUGUGCCGGACCGCUCGCUUCUCCCCCUGCGCCGUGCAGCUUCCGUGCUCGUGGACAAAGCACAGGCCACAGGCUGCAUCGCUGCUCGACGUUAAUGAAACCAGAUAGUCACACGCCUAAUUAUGCAGUCGGAGCAACACGUGCCCACCGGCCUUGACCCUCGCUCCAGUUUCCAGGGAGGCCCUGCUCCUGGAGACCCUAUAACCUCCAACAAGCCUCUCCCAGGGCGGCCCCGAUAGCAGAGCAGCUGUAUGUGUCUAUCAAUCACAGGAACUCAAUAAGAUGACGUUCUUCCUCAUAUCACCACAACCUGAAUGUGUGUUCAUAUUCUUUUUGUUAGUCUUCCCCAAAGUGUUCAAGAUCCCAACAAACUUUAUUUUCUAAACCUGC